CACAUCAUUUUAUUUUGUGAAUUCCUAAAAUCGAGUUGAAUUUGUGAAAAUAUACGGACGUGGUGGCUUCGGGCAUGAGCGCCUUUUUACUGCGGACCAUUGUGUUUUACGAAUAGAUAAUAAGUGAUUUCAGAUAAUAGUUUUAACGUUUAAGAAAAUUCGCACAUAAUUAAAAUAAUUUUCAGACAAUUUUCAGUUUUUCAUUAAACCAUGAUCCGAGGCGAGAUGUGUAUUUUAUUGGCUACAUAAUGAACAAAGUGUUAAAUUUUCAGAGCGUUGUGUUCAGUGUUUAGUUUUCUAUUUUGGACAUCGUAAGGGGCUAAAUUUAUAUUAGUGCUGAUGAAUUACUCUGAAAGGGAGACGUAGAAAUUGCAUAAAUGGGUUCAGCGAUAGUUAAGAAACACCGCAUAAAGUUCACCCCCACAACGGAGUUAUAGAACAAAAUGCGACCGACAUACCGUCCAAUCGGAACUGACACUAUAAAGAACCUUAAAUUAAAAAAUAAGAACGAGCUUAACACAAUAAGAACCCAAACGGGACUAAGCUUUAACUAAUCUGGACUUUUCUAUAUAGUUGCCUUCUAGAUCUUUAUUGGUCCAAUUUUGUAUAUAACAUUUUUAGUGUAGAUGUUUAGUUGUAAAACUGUUAUUUCGAAGAUUUUACGGCGUGUGUGAGUGCGGUACUGUGAUGGAGCAAGCCGAGGUAGAUAAGGGCUGUCCAGGCUCCGAGGAUGGCAGCCAGCUGGGUAGAAACAGAAGCUUCAAGUCGAAACAACUGGUUCGCAGUCAAGCGAUACGCGAAUCCACAUCUCCGCCUCGUACCGUCUCCCCCUACACGAAUGACAAAGACAGGAACAACGAUAUAGCUGACAACGUUACGUGUGCGAGCGAGAGGGAUAGUGACGGUUCUAGUCAUAGCGAUAUGUGCAGCGUUGUCGAUAGUGAUAGAAUAUGUGAUGGGAAGCAACAGCCAGUUGAAAUACAGAUAACGUCAGGAGCGUGGGAAGCGGAAGGUGAAAGCGAGCAAAGGUUGCGCACGCGCCGCUGGCUCGGACACAGGCAUCACUCGGACUCCUCGCGCGACCUGCUCUCGUACAACCCACGCGUCGCCUGCGUGUGUGGGACAUGUGCGUGCCCGCACUGCAGAGGGCGACGUCAGAAGCACGCUUGUCCGACGAAGCAAGAUUCCGGCAUUGUCUGCUCAGACGAUUGCCCCGACUGUUCAGAUACGGAGCAUGCCGGUCCAAAUGGUGACGGUGCCAGGAAGUCUGGAAGCUUCGACGUCGACGAUCAGGCGUUUUAUUGCAGGUGUCCCGAACGCAAAGAGCCACCAAUAAGUAUACCGCAUUGCGGUAACGAAUAUGAUGAUAAAGCAGAACCAACUGGUCCCGAACUGGUGAGCUUCAUUAAGGAAACCCUGAACAAGAAUCCACGGGAUCGCAUGACCUUACUCAAGAUCGAGAAAGAGUUGCAUGCGUUAGUCAACGACAAUGGGCGCUGCAUCGUGCGUUUCCCGGUGAUGACGUCGUACGGGCGCAUGCUGGUGCACCGCUGCGCCGCGCUGUUCCAGCUCGCGCACCACCUCGACCACUCCAACAAGAACUCCGUGCUCGUCUCCAAGAGCGGCACGAGCGGCGGCCGCAUCCCGUGCACCAGCUUCCGCGAGUGGUGCUCCGCCGCCUUCCCGCGCUCCCCGCCGCGCCCCGACACGCUCGCCAAGUCGAUCCUGAAGCGCGACGGCGGCAGCAGCGCGGCGCCGGCGGCGGUGGCGGGCCGCAGCAAGUCGCUGGAGCAGCGCGAGCGCGACUACGAGCGCGUGCGCCGCCGCAUCUUCAGCUCGGACAAUUGCUCCCGCGACGAGUCCCAGUGGGCGUGGCUGGCGGGCGCUCCGGUGAAGCUCCUCGCCCCCGAGCCACCUAGGAGUAGAUUACUGAAGGUGCAGUCCCUGGAGGGUCGCGGGGCGCAGGCUCGCGGGCCGGUCUCCAAGUCGCACAGCUUCGGCGGGUACGCGGCGGAGCAACCUCGUCUGCUCAGUCGGCAAGGCGACUUGGCGAGCAGCAGCUGGCGCCUGUCCCCCUCCAGCUCGGGAUACAAGACCCUGAGUCUGCGCAGCUCGGACUCCGUCACCCCCUCGCCCACCGGCGGCGCGAGUCCCGAGCCGAACAUCGAAGGCGCGACUCUCGUGUGGGCGGUCACCGACAUGUCAGCUGUUCCGCCGGGAGCGCUCGUUAUUCACCCACAGACGGGCCGACCGCUCACCAACCCCGACGGCAGUCUCUACCACUUCGACCCGCAGAACCCGCCCGCGAUACAGGGAGAGUUUCAGAUCGACAUGAACAAUGAGAAGAGACGCGGGAAACUCGAAAAGCAACACUCGUUUAUAGACAACGGAGACUGCGAGUGUCAGGCCGAUGACUGUCGUACAAAAUGCUACUGCGACCGUCGACAAACGGAACAACCUCAGCUAUCGCCGAGCGAAAAGGGAUCACCCCAAAAACAGAAAGCCGCCUCGAAUCCAACUAGCCCAUUAAAGAACCGUUACGAAAACCGGACGAAACCGGUUACACCCGAACCUAAGGUUGAACCGGAGAAAACAUACGAAGCCAGUCCGAAACAUGAAAAACACGAAACUACAAAUCAGAGAACAUUCGAGAAAGCUAAUAAGAACUAUGAACCUCAAGUUCAAAAGGAACCUCAGAAAAUUCUAGAACCACCUAAAUACGAAACGACCAAUCAUACACCUCCGAAUCCGCGGUUCGAGUCCCCAGCCAAUCACAGGCCAGUGGCGUACGAUCACCAAAGGGCAUUCGAUCAAGCAAAUCAGAGAGCUUUUGAAUUAGCCAAUCAGAGGCAGGUGUUUGAUCAUCAGCGAAAUUACGAGAGGCAGUUCGAUAUUCAAAAUCAGAGGGUAAUGAAAAUGUCUCAGGAGGAAGUAUACCAGCAACAUAACUAUAUACAGGGGUUCAGGAACGAAGAGAUUGUCUCCCCCCAAACGAUGGUCAACUACCAUCAACAGGAAGUCGCAGACAUGCAGAACAUGAUGCAGACGAAGGUCGCUCCCAUCCCGAUAGCGGAUCCCAAUAUGCGUCCGAUGUCUCUCACCAACAUGAUGUACCCGGGCGUGCAGCACAACGCGUAUCCGUUCAUCAAUGCCUGUCGAAUCGAUCAAACUCUGCAACCGGCUCAAAUGUACCAGCCGCUAGUCCAGCAGCCCGAGGAGCAGAAACAGUUGACGUCUUCCCCUCACAACGAAAAUACGUUUAGGAUUGACCCGUCGUACCCGUUCGCGGCGGACGCGGGCGCGGCGUGCGGCGCGUGCGAGGCGCCCGGCGGGUUCAAUGUAUCAUACGGUCAAGUGGACGUGCCGCCCGGAAUGGUACCACCGUACUCGAUACCGAACGUCCUAAUCCAGCCCCCCAUACAACCAUAUCCGUACCAGGAGCAGAUGCCACUCCAAUGGCAGAGCAUCCAGCCCCCCGUGCCAAUGAACGCUCCGGCCGCGCCGAAAGUGAUGCUGCACGAUCUUUACCCGCUGGUCUACCCCAAUGUAUACCAACCUUACAACAUCGUAUACCCACAGGUCCUACCCCAGCAGUACCCAUUCGUCCAGCCGGUGUACCCUAUAAUGGACAAGCAGAACGAGAUACGACGGAACAGCUUCCCCCGACCGAAACGCAACCCGUCUCGACCGCAGAUACUCUUCGGCGAAGAGAAGAAGUACGAGGACAUGAAGAAGGAGGAACGGCAGAACGACAUCGCGCUCAAGAUACAGCAGAUAAAGGAGCAGAUGGCGCAGCUGAACACCAGGGACAGGGGCAGGAACGAGUGGAGGCGGCGGAACAGCGGCAGCGGGAUCCUGGGGAGCUACCCCGUGCACUACAACGGGAGAGUUAUGGGAAGGCCCCCAAACGAGGAUACCCGUCUGACCACAGCGGCUCAAGCCAUAGUCAACUCUAUACGGAAUUUGCAAGUAAAAAACAACUACCACGAGCCCCGGCGCUUCGAGCCGCGACCGGAGCGCCCCGACUUCCGGCCGCGCCGCCACGAGCGCGACGAGCGCCGCGACCCGCGCGCCUGCCUCGUGCGACAGAUGUCGCCGGGAACUUGGUGCAGGCGGUCGCCGGGACCCUUCCCUCCCGCGUUUAACCAACCGCGUAGACCACAUCCAGACUCCAGGAACGGUAGACGUUAAGCGAACGAACACACAUACAUACAAUCGUUUACCCACAAACAUAUCCUACACUCCUUUGAUAGAGAAUAUAUUAUCUGUAACUCGGUGUUGUCAUUUAAAAAGUAAUGUUACCAUUUUAAAAUAAAAUAAAAAUAGUAAUUUUGUUGAUUCUUAAAAAAAAAUAAUCAUAUAUUUUUCUCGUGAUUGUAUUUUCCGUAAUAUAUUUUCUAUCAAAUAAGAUUAUUAUUAUUAUUUCGUCAGUAAUCGGGACAUGCCAUUUUAAAUACGCACACACAUAGUAAAACAUUGAAUCGCGUCAGAAUUAAACUAUAUUCAUUUCGAAAAAUAUAUAAAAACUUAUUUCAAAUGUGAACAAAAAAAAGAAACAAAGUAUUUUUUUUAGAUAUUUUGACGCAUAGCAUAUUCUAAACGACACAAUAUCAUGAUAAGGGCGAAUUCAAACUGAGCGUUUAGAACGAAAGUGAUUAUUACAUAAAUAAUUAAAAUUAGUAAAAUUAUAUUACUAUGUUGAAAAGGUUUCAUUUAAAUUUACUUAAAACUUUAACUAAUAAUUUAAUUGUUCCCUUAAUAUUUAAUCAUUUUGAAAAUAUUAAACACCUUAAUAAUGUACUUGCGACAUUGUUAAUUUAUACAAUCGAAAUUUUAAUUAAAAAAAAAAUAAUAUCAAAAUUUAACUGAUAUUUACUUGCUCACCGUCCCGACU